AUGAGUUUGACUGAUGAAACAUGUAAUGAAAUACAGAUUAAAAUCAAUACAUAUUUAGAAGAAGAAUGCGACGCGGACUUGGUAGUGCCAGUGAUCGUACAUCGCGAACGUAAGGAAGCUUACAUAGAAGUUGUGGGAACAACAGCUUUGCCACGAGAAAGGAAAAUACACCUAACUCAAAAGCUAACAGAUGCGUUAAAAUCGAAAACUGAACAAACAGAUCUUUUGACAAACUUUGGUGAAGACUUCCAAAGUAUAGUUAGUCCUCAUUUACCAAAAGAUAACGCAAAGAAGCGUCUUGUUCUGUUUUCCGUCACCGACUGCCCAUUUUCCGUGAUCUUCUGUGUAGUUUCACCUAAGGCAGAAGAAAGCAGUGUUCCGAUCACAAUAUACGAAUGUGGGGUAUACGUUUGGCCAACGUUGAAGAAGGCGAUUGCAUUGGAGUACGAAAAAGCUUUAAAAAUAAAAUGCCAGCAGCUGUUGCGUGUCGCCAAGAGGCUGUUUGCUCAAGUAGCAUCACUAGAGACUUUGAUGCAAAUUGCAAUGGAUCAGGCAAAACAGUUGACGAAGGCGGAACAUUGCACCGUCAUGUUGAUCGAUAUCGAUAACAUGGAGCUAUACGAAUCCUGCUCAACCUGCAAGGAUUCCAGAGGCAGGCGAUGCCCUCUAGGCAUGGGGAUCGCAGGCGAGGUGAUCAAGACUGGGUUGUUGAUCAACUCACGGGUUCCAAAGGAAAAUCCUGCUUACAAUCCCGCCAUUGAUGGACUACCAAAUAAGGAGUGCAGAAGUCUCCUAUGCUUUCCAAUACGAGAACAGUCAGGAAUCAUCGGUGUGGUCCAACUGAUAAACAAGACAUCGGACCCUUACUUCGACAGCAUGGAUGAGGAGAUGGUACUGGCGUUCAGCAUCUAUUGCGGAGUUUGCAUCAUGCACUCCGUGGUCUACCAGAAGAUUGAGGAAGCCCACAUCAGGAACGCUCUCGCCAACGAACUCGUAAUGUACCACAUGAAGGUAACAGAUGCCGAAGUGAGCCGUAUGAUGACCUGCAAUGGAUUCCACCAGCACCCUCACAUAAGCAAUCUCCAUUUCAACCCUCGGGCUCUACCGCUGCGAGAACUGCCCUGCUAUGCCGUGAAGAUGUUCACAGACCUUGGACUCCAUGUAAGGUUCAACAUCAAACCACAAAAGUUGUCCCGAUUUAUUCUUUACGUGAAAAAGGGUUACCGUGACGUGCCAUAUCACAACUGGACUCAUUCGUUCAACGUGGGCCAGUGGGCGUACUCUGCACUCGUGAACUAUAAACUCACCAGCCGGGGAUACUUAACUGACCUUCAAGCCUUGAUGUAUAUGAUAGCAGCCUUCGUGCAUGAUAUAGACCAUCGCGGAACUACCAACAGCUUCCAGAUUCAUGGAGAGACCACGUUAGCAGCUCUAUACUCAAGCGAGGGUAGCGUCAUGGAGCGGCAUCACUUGGCACAGGCUAUGUGCAUCCUCAACACUGAGGGAUGCGACAUCCUGGCGGCCCUGCCACGGAGGGACUAUGACAGAGCCAUCAUGAUGCUUCGAGACAACAUCUUGGCUACCGAUCUGGCUAAUUACUUCAAGAACUACGACGACUAUAGAGUGGUAUCGAUGGACUAUCAGAAACCCAAUCGGUUACAUUGCUCUGCUCUACAAUGUCUGUUGAUGAAUGCAGCGGACCUCAGCGACCAGCUCAAAGACUGGGGUUGCGUGAAGAAAACAGCUGCGGCAGUUUUAACGGAGUUCUUCAAGCAAGGCGACUUGGAGAAGGUAAGAGGAGACCUGCCAGGCAUCGGUAUGGAUCGAGAGCAGUGCUUUAUACCAGAUCUGGAGAUACAGUUCCUGCAGAACAUUUGCCUGCCGCUAUACGAGUGA